AUGGUGGGAGCAGAUAGGCCUGAGAAGCUCUUCGUAGGAAGGCUCAGUAUCCAGACCAACGAAAAAACUCUUGAAGCAGUAUUUGGAAAAUUUGGUCCCAUAAUAGACGCUCGUUUGAUAAAGGAUCGAGGAACAAACAGGUCAGGAGGCUUUGCGUUUAUUACUUUUGAGAGCCCUGAAGAUGCUAAGGAUGCUGCCAGAGUUAUGAAUGGAAAAUCUUUGGAUGGAAAAGCGAUUAAAGUAGAGCAAGCCAAUAAGCCGUCUUUUGAAAGUGGUGGUAGAUGGAGGUCACCGCUUCCUUCAGGAAACAGAGGUCAUGUGAGAAGUCUGAGACGUGGAAGAGGAGGACGUAGUGGAGCAAAAGGCUGUCCCUCUGGUGGAGAACCCUUAGGUAAUGUUUUAAAAUAUCGGGAUGGAAGGAGACUUGACUUGGAGAGGGAUCAUGCUGAUGGGUAUGGCAGGAGCCGUGAGAGAGAUUAUUCUGAAUAUCCAAGUGGAGGCUCUUACAGAGAUUCAUAUAAGAGUUAUGGAGGCUCACAUGGAGCACCACCAGCACGAGGGCCCCGUCUGACUUAUGGUGGAAACAGUCACCGUGAUGCUUAUUGUAGCAGCAGGCGAGAUGGUUAUGAUGGAAGGUGUGAAAAUUACUCGAGCAGCCAAAGUGAUGGCACUUUACGUGGUCGUGAGCAUGGUGCUAGUCGAGGCCAACAGUUUCACCAUCUGUGGGACAGGGUGUGA